CGCGGUUGCUUUAAAACGACGCCAGCGAGCGGUGACGUCACUGAGCGUCCCCUAGUAACGCUCGUCAGCGUCUCGGAAAACACCUGGAGGAAGAUGGGCUUGUUAUCAAUCCUAAGAAAACUAAAGAGUGCCCCAGACCAGGAGGUACGCAUUCUGCUUCUCGGAUUAGACAAUGGUGGAAAGACAACACUUCUCAAACAGCUCGCCUCUGAGGAUAUUAGUUACAUCACCCCAACACAGGGCUUUAACAUUAAGAGCGUGCAGUCUCAGGGCUUCAAGCUGAAUGUCUGGGACAUUGGAGGCCAGAGGAAGAUAAGGCCUUACUGGAGAAACUACUUUGAAAAUACUGACGUGCUUAUUUAUGUCAUAGACAGUGCUGACAGGAAGCGGUUUGAGGAAACGGGGCAGGAGUUGGCUGAGCUGCUGGAUGAGGAGAAACUCAGUGGCGUACCCGUUAUGAUCUUUGCCAAUAAGCAAGACCUGCUGACUGCUGCUCCAGCCUCUGAGAUCGCAGAGGGACUGAACCUGCACACCAUUCGGGACCGGAUAUGGCAAAUUCAGUCCUGCUCUGCUCUGACAGGAGAGGGGGUACAGGAUGGCAUGAGCUGGGUCUGCAAGAACAUUACUGCAAAGAAGAAGCAGUGAAUCGAUUGUAUUUGUCUACAGCGGUUUAGGGAAUGUGAAAAGCAAACUUUGUGGACUGUGUAGAUUCCCUACCUGCAGGUUAAAGGAAUAUGAGAAUGUUCAGAGAGGCUUUUCUUUUUUUUUUUUCAUCUGAACCACCUCAGCCACUGCCUCAAUUCCUCAGCCAUCAGCUCGGUCUGACUCGCAUUUACUUCAUAAACAAUGUGCAAUAGCAUUAUAUUCUGAAUUAAUCUGAUUUAUAAUGUACAAUCAACCAGUUUAAUAAGUGUUUUUUGCAUUAUUAUUAUUAUUAUUUAGUCUGUUUGGAAUCUUUUUCAAUAUCUUGGAUAUCUAUGACUUAUUCCUUUUGAAAUGUUUUAUACAUUAUACUAACUUUUUUAGUUUUUAGACCAUUGCAUAAAAACAUUUCUUGCAUAGCCUGUGUUAUUUGACUGGCUUAAACAAAUGUGUUAUAAAAAGCCCCAAGCCCUUAGAUACUUUACUAUGGGAUGAGUGCUUGUAACAUGUUUAGCAACCUUUAGCAUCUGGCUGUGGCAGUGAAGAGGUUCUUUCUUUAUGAGGACAUGAGAUUGAGAGCAUUAUAUUC